AAUAAUUAGUUAACAGUUUCUUAAGGUUUAUAAUAAUACAAAUAUAUUUUUAUGAAUCAUACAAAUUGAACAAUACAAUUUCCUUAUUAAAACAUAAAUCAAUUAUGAUUUUUUUAAGUUAAUUGUAUUAUUAUAAUAGGUACUUAGGUACUUAAUUAUUGUUAUAUUUAUUUAAGUAAUUAUUAUAUUCAUAUACAUAGGUGACACAACAGUUAAUGUCCAUAACAGGAAAUAUGUUAAAGUUGUAGAUAAAACAAAAUUAAGAAAAUUACUACAUGAUCAAAAAGUAAGGCAGAAACAAAAUGAUUCAUUUCAUACGAAAAAAUUGUGUACAUGCAUUUCUCCAGCAUAAGAUAUCUGGACAAAUGGUUAAGAGCCUAACAAGAAGUAUGGCUUGUAAAGGCCCUCAAAAAAUGGAAGAUUAUUUCAAAGACAAAAAAAUUAUAGUUACUGGAUCUUGUGCUGGUAUGGGCGAAAAAAUUACAGAGAGAUUGCUAGAUUUGGGUGCAUUUGUCUAUGCAGUGGUAGAGAAGGAGGAGGGAGCUGCUAAAGCAUUACCAAACACAAAACAAAUAUUUUGUGAUGUUUCAAAGUGGGAGGACACUUAUAAGACAAUGUACGACAUCGGACCAGUACAUGGAUUAGUCAACAAUGCUGGUGUAGCUGUUAUUGAACCAUUUUUUGAAGUCACCGAAAAUGGUUGGGACAAGACAUUGAAUAUUAAUGCCAGAGCCUUAGUGAGAAUAAGUCAGGCAGUGGCCAGAAACAUGAUUAAUGCCGGUAUCAAAGGAUCUAUUGUGAAUAUUUCUUCAACAAUUUCAACGAGAGCCAUACCCGAUCAUACAACAUACUGUGCGUCUAAAGGAGCUGUGAAUCAAAUAACCAGAACAAUGGCAAUCGAGCUGGGUAAAUGUGGGAUCCGUACCAACAGCGUAAAUCCAACUGUCGUGUUGACCCGUAUGGGUAAAAUUGCGUGGUCAGAUCCUGAAAAAUCAGAACCCAUAAUGAACCGAAUCCCACUUGGCAGAUUUGCAGAAACUGAUGACAUUGCGAACGCUGUAAUUUUCAUGCUCAGUGACUAUUCUACCAUGGUAAAUGGAACGUCCCUCGUAGUUGAUGGUGGGUUCUUGGCAGGAUAGACAACUUCGCUACGAAACAAAGUUAUUAAAGAAUUCACUAAUUCAACUUAAAAAAUAUUUUUAUUCUCAAUCUUUCACGCCAAUCAUUGUAUGUAAUAUUUAUAUUAUUAUAUAUUAUAUUUAUUGCUUGCAUAUUACAAAAACUUUUAUACUUUAUUGACAAUAAAUUGUGAAUUCUAAAGCCUAAUA